CUUAAUUCUGUGCAAGAUCCGGGAGCGAGCGUCUAUUUAAAUGACGGUAGACUUGUACAGACAUUUCCAGCCGAAAUCUUCACAUGAAGAACUGAGCAAGGGGAAACAGUUGGUGGAAAUUCAUUGCUAUCUACAAAUCUAAGACGUUUUACGUUGCCAAAAGGUAAGAUUUUCUCGAACACUUUUCAAGUGUAAAAUAUGAUGUUUCUGAACGCGAUAUACGUUAAAAAGCAGUUUAAAAAAAAAAAAAUUAAACUAGUCUAUACACGGAGGUUUACAGAUAAUCGAUAAUCCACCUAAUCUGGCAUUCUGUCGAAUAUCGUAAUCGCUUUUAGACCGAUUAAUAGGCUAAUAGGCAGUUGUGGGUGGGAAUCGGUCUCUCCAAAGAGGAAUACGUUUCAAUAGUUGAGUAGUGAUUACUCUCAUUUGUGUUAGUUGUCUUACUUAAUGGGAACCUUGUUUAAAAAAGUUGGCAGAAUAAUGCCGAAAUUUUUUUUGUUUGUUAAUGAAAUAUUAUUAAACAAUAUAAAACAAUCUAAAGCAUUCCAAUGACUAAAAUGUAACAUCGAACUCAAGCAUAUUUAUUAUUUAUUUGUAUACAUAUUUUCAGGCCGAACGAUGCCUUUCAGUCACUCGUCUCCAAUUUUGGCACUAGUGGCGCUGGUGAUGGCGGCUUUUCUCCGGCACGGCACAGAUGCCGAGGUCCACUGCUCGAAUCCACCACCGGGAAUCCAGAAAAUGACUAGAGGCGUGGACAUUACCAAGCUUGACCUAGUUCCUGUCGACGUCAUUGGCACCAAUGGUUUUAAGAGCCCGAUCAUUAAUUUCUCUUGCAGCAGAAAUCGAACUUGGAGAAGUCCAGACGGGCAAGAUUAUCAACUUCCUGAUCAGGUGAGACACAUUAAAAAGAAUGUAUUGUACAUACAUCUUUUAAAGUUUUCUGUUGGUAUGUUGAUUGAAACUUUAUUUUUCUUUUGAGCUCAAAGGGUUUUCCCAAUAUAUUUGUUAAUUCUUCUAUAACAUUUUACUUUAUUUUAUAAGCCACAAGUUUGGUUUAUAAUUUUUAUGUAAAAUAUAAUAUUUUAAAAAAAUAUUUAAAAAUGAAGUCCAUUUCGUUUCCAAUUUUAAAGGCAUUGUUACUUUUAUAUGGGGUGCGAGACAGGGUCAAAUGAUUCGUACAGGUGGGUGCGAGACAGAGUCAAGCGAUUCGUAUAGGGGGGUGCGAGGCUCAAUCAAACAAUUCAUAUAGGGGUUUAGAAUAUAGACACGCUUAUCAAAUGCCAUGUGUUAACUUAUUACGCAGAGUCAUCCAGUCUAUUUGCUCCAGCUGAGCACCUAAACCGGUUUAAUGCCCCCUCCCGUGAAUCCUUUAGUGAGAGCUAACAAAGGAAAGGUCACCAUGAUGCAGCCAGGAAGAUUUAAUUUCAAUUUUGUGUUUUUUUUUUAAAUACCUACAUUCAACGUUAUGCGAUAAAGCAAUACGUUGCAAAUUAAUAAAUAGUCCCUUGUCUUAAAAAAAAUUAACCCCACCCCUUCUCCUCUCUUUGAAAGGUUAAUACGUUUCCUACCUCCGCAACAAACUAUCCCAAUAAUCUUCAAUUUUCCCCCUGUUCGGAGCGCACGUCCCAUUGCUAUAAAGUUUAAAUUCCAAGUAUAAAUGCAGUAUGGAUCUCAAGUAAAAACAGUUUUUUAAAAAGAGGAUGCGGCUUUUAAGGUCGGAUUUACAAUACGUUAUUAUUAUCAGUAGUUAUAUUUUUUUUUCCAUAGUUAUUGUUUGGGACCCCUGUUUCUAUGGACUCGAAAAUGUAGUUCGUUGGCUCAGUUAUAGUCUAGAGGUUACAAGUCUCGUCAGAAUUAAAAACAGCAACAACACUUUAGCUUAAAUACUUCACACAGCUCUUUAUUCCCAACACUGCUCUCCCCCACCUCCUUCCUUCGGUUAUCACUCUACAUGCUAACCGCUGAUCCAUAUAUGUUGCCAUAGAAACAAAACAUCAUCUCUCAUGCCCCCCCCCCUAAAAAAACGCCACCAAUCCAAACCCCAUACCAUCAGCUACUCACUAAAUCUCUAUCCCAAAUACGCUCAAUAAUAAAUCAAAGUAUUACAAAAGACAAACCAAAAAAGAACACACACAAUCAUGGAACAAAUUAUUAACAAUCAUGAAAAAAUUAUGCAACCAUGGAUAUCAACGCUGUACUGCAAAUUUUAUAACAUGAUGAUAACAUCCGAUAAUCAUGGGCGGAUCCUUAAAAAAAAAAAAUUAAAAACAUCCAUGCAAAUUUUACUAAAACGAUUUUUAAGAAUAAUUUUAUGCUUGUUUACAGAUUUGGCAAAUGACCACAGUACCAGGUGGAUGGCUCUCGGCCGAGACCAAGUUGUACAAAAAUUAUAACGAUGUCCGCCGAUCAAUGACGACUGAGGUGGGAGGCGAGGGCGCCAUCUGGAAAUUCGCCUUCUCCGGGAGCCACUCCUACAAGAAGAUGCAGAACGCCAUCACCAACACGUCCAGGUACGUGUCCGACAUCGCAUCGUUUGAGUCGGCUGUCCGUGCGGACGUCAUCCCGUCCUGGAUCCUUGAAGUCGAUACAUUCGCCCAGAUGUUCAUUGAUCGCAUGAUUACCGGAGACUACGAGACGAAUCCGAGAUCUUACAACAGGUUCAUCAACCAGUUCGGCACGCACUACUUCUCGACGGCCAAUUUCGGAGGGUACAUCAAAGUUGUGUCGGAAACAACGAUGGACUAUCUGUACUCGAGGUCAGAGAGUGAGGCCAAGGCCAACGCCAAGGCCUCUUUUCUGAAGAUCAUUUCCGUCCACGGAGGUCAGGUGUCGGGCUCAACAACUGUCGACGAACGAUUUACAAGCGCGUCCACGCAAUCUAUCCGAUACUAUGGCGGUGAUACGAACCUCUUGACGCAGAAUGGAAUCCAACAGUGGCAGCCGACGGUGGCUAGGAACCCGUGGUUGUUUUCCGGAGAACUGAAACCUAUCAGUGACCUCAUCACCGAUGAGACCAAGAACGCAGGCAUGAUCAGAGCUGUGGAAAACUAUGUCAUGAGGAAUUACCUGGAAGAGCUGGAGCGGCUGAUCAUCACGGCUAGAACGAAAUCCAACGAUGCAGUACUCCCUGCACUUCAGACGAGGAUCACGGAGCUUAAGGGCGGGGCCGCACUUAAUGAGGGCGCGGUGGACGCGCUGAGCAACGAUGUCGAGGCGAAUUUGAUUGUCCCCGAGUGGUUUACGUCCAACACGAAGCUCUGCUAUAAAUGGAGAGCCGAUGGGGACGCUGGUCAGUGUGGCGGAGGGGCGGCGAACCUGCUAUGCGCCAAGCCCAACGCCAUGACUCCCGAGUACAGGGACGACACCGACAGCAGAAGCGGCGGCUGUCAAAUGCAGUGGGGAAUCCAGUCCAUGGGGUUCCCGUCGUGGUUCAGUCAGGUGCGGGUGUGCUACCAGUGGUACCCCGAUGGCGACGGGGGUCAGUGUGGGGGACCCUCGCGCCUGCUCUGCGCAGGUUUGAACGACUUCUCCCCAGAAUACAGAGACGACACAGACCGCAGGAGUGGUGGCUGCAGAAUGUCCUGGAAGAUUGAAGUGCCCAGCUCCGCCCCUCUCUGGUUGAGGACUGCAAAGAUGUGUUUCUCGUGGUACCCGGAUGGAGAUGGUGGUCAGUGCGGUCCAGCGCCGUCUCGAAAUCUUUGUGCAGUGGCCAAUCAGUGGACCGAUUACUAUCGUGAUGACACGGACAGACGGUCUGGUGGCUGCAGAAUGAGCUGGGGUAUUAAGACAAUCUUUUAGAACCGUAACUGCUACUUAUAUAAUAUGGGGGCCAUGCAUAUAUGACGUCACGCUUUUGGUCAAAUUUUAAACACCCCGCCCCCUCUUCCAUGUCCUAAAUUUGUCACACAAUUUAGUCACCAUAAUAAUUAAUCGUUCCAAAUUCGUGACCCCCCCCCACCCCCCAGAGUGGCUCUAUAAACAUUAUAUUACAACUUUGGUUUAGAGAUUAGUGCGUUGAAUUUAUUUUCUAGUGUACACUAAAUUCUCAUUGUUCAAAUACAUGACUAUAUUACUUGUAGAGCUUAUAUCUGAAAUAAAACCGUUACAAAAUUUAAUAAUUCUCUAUGUUAUUGUUUAUACAUGUUUCUGGCAUGCAGAAUAUUGUGACUGCUUGCUGCAGAGUCGGAAUUGAAAUUUGGAGUGACGUGUUGACUUCUCUAAAGUCGUUUGAAAAUCAUCUAUAAAUAGAAUUAUAGGCAACAUUUGACAGAGUUAACCUGAAAAAAAAAAUGUUUUUAAUUGUUACCAUUGCAUUUCUUAUUUACAUCCCUAAAGUAUAAUUAUACCUUUAGAUGUCAUCUAAGCCUUGUCAUUUCUUUUAAAAAUUCAUCUUCUGAUAACUCGUCAUAGAAAGAAGUUAAUUUUGGAACGGGCACCAAUAACUCCUCUUCACUUGUUGAUAGUCGACGAGUUGAACAGUGACAACGCUUCUCGCUCAGGAACAAUCUCAAGGCUUCUAGGUUGGGCACCUCUUUGUCAAGAGUACAGCCUUUAGUCUGCAGAUACUUCAGUGUAAGAAUAACUUCUUCAGUGUAAGAAUAACUUCUUCAGUGUAAGAAUAACUUCAUCAAGUAGAUCAGUCGAAAGUUAAAGGUAGCAGAUAAACGUUAAAUCACAGACAGCAUGUAAAAGACCGAAUGGAAAGCGUGC